AUUUGAAAAAUGGCGGCUACGAAGCAAGACAGCAAGGCGAUAACACUUAGAGGAUCCGCAGAAUUAGUCACUGAAUUCUUUGGUAAUUGCACAUUUCUUUUUGCUUUUUUUAACGUAAAGCUUCUCUUCUAAACCGAUUUUAUCUUUUUUCACAGGAUAUGGGAUAAACAAGUGAGUAUAUACCCCCAGUCAGUCAUCGCUUACCUUUGAUAAAAUUAAAUUAAAAACACUGUAGUGCUGCAUAACAUAAGCUGGCAAGCUUAAGCUUAAGAUUUUUAUAGUUUCCAAAGUUGUGCUUCAUUUUUGAAGGAACAGUAAAUUUGGGUUGUAAUCGUAUACUUUUUCUGUGUAUUUAGCAUCAGUUAUAAGUCAGAAAAUUAUUUGCUGGCGUGACUGCAUUAGUGGCAUUUUUGGAGAAUAAUUAGAAGUUCAUGCAGGCAACAGUUUUCCUUGAAUGUUUUUUCUCUCAGCAUAUUGUAUCAAAGAGGGAUAUAUCCUGCUGGAUCAUUCAGAAGAGAGCAAUUUUAUGACCUAACGCUAUUUGUUUGUGACAACAAAGAGUUACAAGAAUAUCUUUCCAAAGUAUUACAGCAACUUAAAGGUAAAAUAUAAUGUUAUAGACAUUAGAUCAAGCUUUCUCAAAUAUAGGUCUCUUUAUGCCGUGUUAGAUGUUAGUGAAAGUACAGUAGAGACUUUCUUUCACAUCUAGUAAUACAGUAUACCACCCUAUAAUAUUUUCUCUCGCAGUACAUGAAGAUAGAAAUGAGUGGAACUGGCAUCUCUUGUGAUAUAAGGGAGCUCUUAUUCAACGGGGUUAGGGAUGUGGCAGUAUUUUCUGAUUUGGCAUUAGCGUCUUUUUGGGGAAAGGCACUUAUGAGAGUGUAUGUGCUCUUAUUCAAAGAAUUUUGUUUACACAAACCUUAUUCUACAACAACUGAAUGAUGUUUAUACUCAUAAGUCAGUGGGCAAGAGCUGUGGUCUCUUAAACUUUGGGAAUUAAUGAAGUGAUGUCGUCUGAGAAAACAGAUAUCAUUUCAUGACACCACCACUGAUUUCCCCACGAAAUGAUAUUUGAGAAACAAGCACAGAAAAUCCAUACCAAUGACACGUCACUACCCAGAUCUAGGUAGUGCUUCUGAUUGGUCAUACUGCUUGUGAAUUUUGCUUCAACCAAUCAGAAGCACUACCCACAUCUGGGUAGUGACGUGUCAUCUAAACGUUUAGACCCAAGUCAAAUAUAGAAGGAUUUGUAUGGAGUCAUCAGAGCAUAACUGGGCUAAUAUCUAAAUAACAAUUUGCCCCACAAUGCUAGUUUUUGGCAAGUAGGCCUCUUGGAUUUUUUUUUUUCAGAAUAUCCUGGCAAAUCCCAUAAUUUCACAAAGUUAAUUUUUUAUGACGUCACGCUUAAGUACUCUAUACUGUCUCGUCAACAUCGCAAAAUUAAGUACCAAUAAGGCAGUCGAUGGAAAGUUGUCGUGUACAAUACUAAUUUUGUUAAAUAAACUUUUUGUUAAGGAAUCAUUUGGGGGUCAGUGUUUUCUCAAAACCCAUAAAGUAAAAAGAACACUAAAAAUCCGAAAAAGCUUGAAGAAAUUUCUUCUGCCAAACUUAUUUGCUCCAUUCAGAGUGGCUUGAGGGGAAUGCUCUUCAGCGUGUUGUCAUGGUGAUCACUCAGGUGGAUACAGAAGAGGUUAUAGAGAGGUGGCAGUUUGAUAUACACUGCGAGAACAGUGGACAAGCCACAGAAGGAGAUGACAAGAAACCCACUAAGUAUGUAUCUGGUAUUAUUAAUUUUACCAUGAUGUCUUUUUCUUGAAAAUAUGCUUAGAAGUAAAAAAUGAAGAUUGUUGUUAUAUUGAUGCCCCUCAAUAACAACAAGUUAUUUUUUGUUCUUCCAACAUCCCUAUGACUAAAUUAUGCUGGUAAACUGAAGGAAAGUUUCAUUUGAUGCUUAUAAGUAAUAACAGCCUUAUUUUGCUGGAAUUUCAUCUGUCCAUGUUGGCUUGUUUCCAUUCUCUCUGUAACAUACAAAACAGUGGCUUUUAUAAAUACCAGUAAUUAUUGUUUACUGUCAUUUUCAGUGCUUCAUUCCUUUCUGUCCAAGGUAAAAUACAUGAUUGACAAGACUUCUUUAUGAUAAUAGCUUUUUGCAAUAAGAAGACUAUGAGAAUAUAGAUAUUACUCAUUACAAUGUUUCUUGUAGAAAACCUCCUCCAGCAAAAACUAAAAAAGACAUUCAGAGAGAGAUGAGGGAUGUAAUUCGUCAGAUAACUGCUAGUGUGACUUUUCUUCCUCUUCUUGAUGGCCAGUGUAAGUACUAUAAUUUAUAUUUUCAAAUAUCAAGAUAUAUAUAUUCUCCUUUCUCACACUCAUGCUUUUCCUCCAAAAAUUACAGUUGAAUGUCCCAUAAGCAGACACCCCUCAGGGGCAGAUCCAGGAUUUUUUUUAGGAGGGGGGAACCACAAAAAUAAAUCAGUUUUUUUUUUGCAGAAUACCAGCCUUUAAACCCCAUAUGGAACAAGAAAACAAAUUAAACCCCAUAUCAAGAUAAAAAUUCUGCAGACUAAUCUCUGACUUUCCCUUAGAGCGUUAAUGGAGAGAAUUUGAUAAGAAAUCAAAGCACCUUUCCUUUAGUGAUCAUUUUAAUAGUUCUCAUAAUGUUUUCUUAUGACGAUGUGUUGAUAUUGUUCGGAGAAAAUUGAUGUUGGUCAUUCUUUGGGCUUAUAGGGUUUAGAGGGGUGUCCACUCUUGCAUUAUACCCUUCCCAUAACUUCUCUUGGAUGGUGGGGUGGGCGUGGCAGUGCAUAGUUCAGCUGGUUAUUGUUGCUUUGAUUUCUUUCAGUCAUAAAGAAGGGUAGUUGUCUUAUCUAUUCACCAUGAUUUAUGACUUCUUUGUAAUUAUUUCCAGGUGCAUUUGACCUGUUAGCAUACACCAACAGAGACCAAGACGUACCAGAAACCUGGGAAGAAUCUCAAGCUAGAAUCAUUGCAAAUUCAGAAGAAGUCCGACUAAGAUCAUUUUCAACAACUGUUCACAAAGUUGACACAAUGGUGUCGUACAAAGCUGAAGACUGA